AUGAAUCUAUCUAUCUAUCUAUCCGAGUGUUUUAAUUCAAUGAAUCUAUCUAUCUAUCUAUCUAUCUAUCUAUCUAUCUAUCUAUCCGAGUCUUUUAAUUCAAUGAAUCUAUCUAUCUAUCUAUCUAUCUAUCUAUCUAUCUAUCUAUCUAUCUAUCUAUCCGAGUGUUUUAAUUCAAUGAAUCUAUCUAUCUAUCGAUCUAUCUAUCCGAGUGUUUUAAUUCAAAGAAUCUAUCUAUCUAUCUAUUUAUAUAUCUAUCUGUCUAUCGAUCUAUAUAUCUUUAUCUAUUCAAUCUAUAAUCUAUCUAUCAUCUAUCGAUCUUUUAAUUCAAUGAAUCUAUCUAUCUAUCUAUCUUUUCUAUCAAUCUAUCUAUCUAUCUAUGAAUCUAUCUAUCUAUCUCUCUAUCAAUCAAUUUAUCCGAUUUUUUUUAAUUCAAUGAAUCUAUCUAUCUAUCUAUCUAUCUAUCUAUCUAUCUAUCUAUCUAUCUAUCCGAGUCUUUUAAUUCAAUCUAUCUAUCUGUCUAUCCGAUCUUUUAAUUCAAUGAAUGUAUCUAUCUAUCUAUCUAUCUAUCUAUCUAUCUAUCUAUCUAUCUAUCUAUCUAUUUAUUCUAUGAAUCUAUCUAUCUAUCUAUCUAUAUCGAGUCUUUUAAUUCAUUGA